AUGCACAGCCCUGGGGGGCUUGCGGGAGCUGCACAGCCUGGACCUGGCAGAUGCUGCCUGGUGAGCGGGCGGGGCCUGGCCCAGGGUCUAGGUUCGGGGCACAGAGCUCCAGCCCCCUUGGCCUCCCUCAGCCUGGCCUACUGCUCCUCACUCAAGCUACAUCAAGAGCUGGAGCAUCAGGCCUCGGGCCCCAAGGACCCUGCUCCCCAGCCACAGGGCCCUUCCCUGCUCAAGCUGCAGGCCCUGUAGGAGUUGGACCUCACAGCCUGCAGCAAACUAACUGAUGCCAGUUUGGCCAAGGUGUGGGGCCGGGGGUUGCUCCACUUCCCCGAGCUGAGGCAGCUGUCGCUGAGCCUGUUGCCAGCACUCACAGACCAGGGCUUGGUGGCCGUGGCCAGGGGCUGCCCCAGCCCAGAGCGCUUGGUGCUGAGUCACUGCAGUCUCCUCAGUGACGAGGGCUGGGCCCAGGCGGCCAGCUCCUGGCCCAUGCUGCAGCACCUCAACCUGGCCAGCUGCAGGCAGCUCACCGAGCAAACUCUGGGUACCAUCGGGCGGGCACGAAAGCAGCUCCGGAUGUUAGAUGUGGCCAUGUGCCCUCGUAUCAGCAUGGCUGCCGUCAGGCACUUCCAAGCCCAACUGUCCCAGGUGACCUGUGUCCAGUCCCGCUUCGUGGGAGGUGCUGACCUGACCGUAACACUCUAG